AUGGCUCAUUACCGCGCCCAUGAAGAGCAGCCCGGAUUAGAGGUUGCCCCUGGAGUUGAAGCUCCCCAGGUGGUUUAUGAGCAGGGCCUGGAAUACAAUCACGCACAGCCGACUACGAUAUACAAUCAAAACACACAGCAUAGCCCUCCUUUCUUAAAUUACAAUGCCCAGCAACCCGGAGCGCCUCCCCCGUUCGAUCCCUACCGGCAAUCAGCAUACACAGGUUCAUCCUUCUCCGGCUGGACUCCGGGGAGUGAUGGCAAAACACCGUUCGAGAGACCGCCACCGGUGGGGGCGGAGAAGUCCUCAAGCAAAGACCUCAUCUUUCGGAUGCCGAAGAAGAGGUUCUGGCUGAUAGUAGGCGGUCUCAUUGCCGUGCUCGUCGUGGGGAUAGCUCUCGCUCUCGGGCUCGGCCUGGGAUUAAAUCAAAGUAGUGGUGGGUCGAGCAGCGCUUCUGCCUCAUCAACACCAAGCGCUUCAUCGACAUCUACCCCAGAGUCUUCUAUAUCAUGCCCUUCAGCAAAUCAGACAACCUACACUUCGACGACAAAAGACACCGAAUUCAUUAUCUACUGUGCGAUCGAUUACAAUGGUAACGCGGACGCAAAUACUAAGGACUUGGUUCACAUGGAGGCGGACCGAGCCGAAGAUUGCAUUGAUAUGUGUGCUUCAAACGAUAGUUGCGUGGGUGCCGGCUGGGGUUUUUAUCAGCCAGACUCAAGCGUCGCCGGGUCUGAUGUCUGCUGGCUCAAGUCAAAGUUGGGAUCAUCUCACACAGCGAUCCAGGAUUGGGUUUUUGUCAUCAAGCAAUAG